AUGGCUACGUUGAGUUCCAAUCAUGUUGAAUCAUGUAAGGUUAUGAUUGAAGAAGUUAAGGCCUUUAGUGGCGCAAGAAGUGCUAAAGAACUGGAAAAUUUCAUUUGGGACAUGGAACAGUAUUUUACUGUUGCAAGGGUGCCUGACGCUGACAAGUUAAAUAUUACCACAAUGUAUUUGACGGGUGAUGCUAAACUUUGGUGGAGGACUCGAAAUGCCGAUGAUGUAAGUGCUGGUCGUCCUAGAAUUGUUACCUGGGAUAAAUUAAUAAAAGAAAUGCGUGAUAAAUUUCUUCCUAGCAACGCAUCUUGUCUUGCAAGGGAUAAAUUGAAAAGGCUAAGGCAUUCGGGUUCAGUGAGGGAAUACAUUAAAGAAUUUACGUUUGUGAUGUUAGGCAUAAAAAAUAUAUCCGAUGAGGAUAAAUUACACAACUUCAUCUCGGGUAUGCAAGGCUGGGCUCAAAAGAAACUACAGAGGCAGAAUGUUAAGGAUCUGCGCAGUGCAAUUGGUGCUGCAGAUUCGUUCAUUGAUUUCCGGACAACUCGUCCUUUGACAGAUGUUCCUCCACUUCAAACACUAAGAAAAAAAAUGAGAAGAAAGGGGAAAGGAAAAAGGACAGUCGUAAGGACUAUACAAAUGACAAAGGAAAAACACAAAUGA